GGGUCUUUGGCUGCAGUGUUUGCUCAAGAUAUCAAUGUAUUACUUGGUAUGCGUAUCCUUCAAGCUGUUGGUAUAUCAUCUGCUUGGGCCAUUGGUGCUGGUUCAGUAGCUGAUAUUUAUCCAGUCGAAGAACGUGGAAGACCCUUGGCGAUUUAUAAUACUGGUUCUUUUACAGGACCUAUGUUUGGCCCAUUAGUUGGUGGAUUUCUAGUUGAACGUUGGGGAUGGCGAUCUGUAUUUUGGAUGUUAUUUGCCAUUGGAUGUGUAUCAUUACUAUUGAUUGUGUUUGUGAUGGAAGAAACUUAUCGACAAGAAACUAAAUGGAAUACGGAGAAAGAAGAUAUGAUGAAUGGUGAUGAAGGAACGACCAUCCGUUCUUCCUCCAAUCAAACAGUAGUGAUAACAAGAAAAAUGAAUCCUUUGGCUGCCUUAGCUCUUUUACGACAUCCUUUUGUAUUCAUUUGUGCAAUGGCAACAGGAUUCUCAUUUGGUGCCAUGUUUGCAAUCGAAAAUAUGUUACCUCCUUUAUAUACCAGUAUGUACAACUUGAGUUCGGGUAUCAUUGGCUUGACUUUUUUAUCUCCUGGAUUAGGUGAAGUCUUUGGUUCUUUAUUCUCUGGUCAUCUAUCUCAUUACUAUUUACAUUGUGCCAUUACAAAACGUGGAUAUGCUAUACCUGAAGAUCGACUUGCGAUGAACCUUUGGCCAGCAGCAUUUAUAUUGAAUCCAUUAUCACUUAGUUUAUGGGGAUGGUCAGUUGCACUUGGAUGGUCAGUAUGGGUCUCUAUUAUCAUGUUUUGUAUCCAAUGUUUUGCUAUGGUUCAAAUCUUCAAUCCUACGAUGGCAUUUCUUGUGGAUGCUGUUCCUGGUCGAGGUGCAAGUGUUAUGGCUGCAGCUAAUUUGAUACGAAUGAUUUGGUCGUGUAUUCUUAGUUUAAUAGCCAAUCCAAUGACAGAAGCCAUUGGACCUGGAUGGGUGACAUUUUUCUUCGGGAUAUUGAAUCUUGCUUGGGCAUUUAUGAUACUGAUUCUAAAAAUCAAGGGACCACAAAUUAGACAAUACUCAGGCUAUUAGACAUUUUAUUUUUAGAUUAUCCUGUAUUAUACCCAUUUAGUUUAGUUUGAUAAUAAUAAAGAACGUUUAUCGAUCUUUUUUUUUUUUCUUUA